AUGUCCGACUCACGCACCACUGACUCCAUCACCAACCCCGAGGACCUCGCCCUCACUGUCCGCCAGGUCGCCCUGUCCCCCUCCUACAGCCCCGCGACCCUCACCCAUCUCCGCCAGCCCGUGCCCGCCGACCUGCCCGCCGACCUCGCCGCCGACGACGGUGCGGGCGCCGGCGCCGGCGGCGUCUUCACCUUCCAGGACGCCUUCGAGGACCUGCUCGCCGUCGCCCAGGGCCGCCCGCUGCCGGACAUCCGCUCGCGCUACCACCACAGCCGCAUGCUCCGUCAGAUGUACCCCCGCGGCGAGCCCACCUGGCUCUGGCUGCGCCGCCUCCAGUCCCAAGGCCUGCUCGCCGCCGGCGCCGGGCGCCGGCGGUCUCACAUCCUCCGCGCGUCGCAGGCGGGUUGGGAUGAGCUGCAGAGAGGGUUGGAAGACGGCGCGGAGGAGUUUUGGCGGGGCGUCCGGGACGACCCUAGGCAUCGUGAAGCGGUCGCCGAGGCUGGCAGGGUGUUUAGGGAGCUCCGCGACCAGCUCGACGGCGACUCCUCCGCCUCCGAUGAGAAGAACAAGAAGGGCAAAAGUUCCGAGCCUGAGCAUUUUGAUGACCUGUAUUCGGCGAUUCGGUCGGCGUACGCGGAUGGGCAGGGGGCAUGGGACGCGUUCAAAAGAUCGAUGAAUGAGGAUUUGCCGCGCCGCCUGGACGAGUUUGAGCGCCGCGUGGAGGAAAAGUUCAACGAUGCCACGCCGCCGCCGCCCUCAUCCUCCGAAAUCACACCGAGAAAGAACGAAAAGGAGACGACGUCAGAGUGGGUGGACGCGUUCGGGUACAAGCACACGACCGUCAAGCGCAAGACGUUCGAUGACGACGGCAAGGAGAUUGGCUCCUCCACGUCCAUCACCAUCAGACCGGCGGAAAAGACAAACGACGACGCAGACGCCGUGGACAACAGCGAUGGAAGCAGCACCGAUAAGAAGAACAGAGGCUGGUUCUGGUGA